CAACACGAACGCAAACACGACACACCGAGCGAGACUGCGUAGGGCAUCUCCUCCCCUCUAUUCCUCUGCUUCUUCUCGCCCUUCCCCUUCCCCUUCCCCUUCCCCUUCCCGACGACGACGAACCCUAGCAACCCAAGCACACCACAGACGACGAGGGACGCGGAGUAGAGCAGCGCGAGGAAGCCUCCUAAUCCCUGCAGCGCUUUGCGCCGUCCAACCCUUCACUUAUUCUUGAUUCACAAAUACUGUUGGGGGUACUUUCUUGAGAUCACUGCAAACUGUUACAUUCUUCAGAAAAGGAAUAAGGGAAACUUUAAGUGCGGCUGCUUCUUGCCUUCUACCUUCUCCCUUUCUACUAUAGCAAGAACCGCUUACUUGGAAUGUCACAAACCCAUUCAAGAGAGCACCCCAGCUUUAACAAUAUGGAUCUGUGGCAACAGCAAUUGAUGUACAAUAAGAUGCUAGAGCUUCAGAGACAUCAACAAUGUCAACAACUAGAUCAGGAAGCAAGACAGCAGAGUUUACUUAGCCACUUGUCUGUUUCGGCAAAAUCAGCAGCUCAUUUACCUAGAGUGAUGAAUGAAGUGUCUGCUAAUGAUACAUCAAACAAUAUGUGGCCCAGUAAUUCAGUUAGGGGUAUGUCCAUGAUGCCUAAUAACUCUCAAAUGCUAUUUUCUGGCAACAUGAACUGCACACAGGCAAGUGUCUCACUUGCCAUGUGUGAUCUUUCAAAUGGUCACAUACUUCCAGAUAACCAUAGUCAAGCACUGCGAUCGAUGGGGUUCAUGCCACAGCAGCUUGAUCAGUCUUUGCAUGGCAUGCCUGCGUCCGGCAACAGACCCUUUGCAAAUCAAGAUCCCUUUGUAAAUCAAUGUUCUCAAUUAUUUGGGAUGUCUAAUGAUGGUACAAAUUUGAUGCCAAAGGCAGCAUGCUUCCAGACAGAAAAGGUAUCUGAUCCAUCAAACAAUUUCCAAACUGAUCAUUGCUUCCCUGAACAAGACUACUCACAGGAUACAAUUUCAGUUACAACAAAUAACUUCCAAGGGGAAGGUGUUCUGGGAAACGAUACCAUGCAAAUUUUUAGUAGUGAUGUUACAUCAGGAAAUUAUCAGCAAGUAAAUCAUAUGCAAGAUAGUCUUCAAAUUCAGGAAUUUCCUGGUGGUCAGGUACAAAAUGUUUGGUCAGGUAACUUACAAGAGAAACCUCCAGUUCAUGUGGGGACUUCCACUGGUGUGAGUAGUCUAGACCCUACAGAAGAGAAGAUCUUGUUUGGUACCAAUGAUGAUGACAAUUGGGGAGCUUCCAAUGGAGGGAGUUUUAACUCUUUUAUAGGAGGAUACCCACAUGGCCAUCCUUCACAGAGUGAAUAUCUUGGUGCAUUCCCUUCUAUCCAGAGUGGGAGCUGGAGUGCUCUUAUGCAAGAAGCUGUACAAGCUUCUAGCAGUGAUCAGGUGGUCCACGAAGAAUGGAGUGGCUUAAAUUUCCAGAAAGCAGAACAGCCGAUGCUAAUGCAUUCAAAUGUAUUUGAUGGCACUGUUAGGCAGCUGGCUGCUUGGAACGAGAGCAGCUUGCAGAGUGCAUCUUUCUCGACUUCAAGACUUCCUUCCCAGACUUAUGAUGCUGGUGGGGACCCAAAUUUGAAUACUGUUCCUAAUUUUCAACAUACUUUUAAGUCUUCACAUGGCAACAACAACGGGGUACCAGCAAAAGUUCCUAUUGUGUCCUUUCAGCUGUCUACUGAAGACAAAAUACAGUUUCUUCAAAAUCAGGAGCAAAAACAAUACUUGGAAAGUGGUCUUCAAUUACAAAUGCCAGUAACUAAUCGAAUAUGGACAGAGCACACUUAUGACCCGACGGAAAACAAUUCUGCAGAUGCGCAGUUUAAGUCACAGAAUAUAGCGGGGGUUUGGAAUCAGCAAGAAAACAUAUAUUUUUCCACUGCCAAUAGGCAGCACAGUUAUGGGCCAAAUGGUUCAAGUACUAGUUCUCUUGUGGCGCCCGAUGGAGAUGGUACUUCACUUAUACAUGGUACUGAUGACAAUGUGUGGAAGCUGGGAGCCAGUCAUGUUAAUCCAAAUUGUGAGAUACAGCCAUUAAAAUCUAAUCUUGCUAAUUCACACGUGCAGACUGAGGGUUCUUUAAACGAUAACUCCAGGUUUGCAACAACUUCAAAUGUCUUAAAUUUAACUCAGGAAAUGAAUCAGCAAGGAAUCGAUAGAUACCAAGUUGUUUCUGAGAAAAAAAUCAUCCAUGAUAUAUGUGGAAAUUCUCAAGGUAAUGAAAAUAUGGGAAGUAGCCAGAAUCAGCCAAGCAGGAAACUGCAAACUUGGGAAACAUCAAUUAAUAGCACAAACAAAAGAUUGGCCAAUACCUACGACAGAAAAAAUGAACAUCUAGAUUUUUUUUCAGGCAAAGGCUAUAGUUCAAGCCAGUUAAACCAUGGCCAAGAUACCAACUAUAUAGUUGCUGCAGAGGAGAAUCCAGCAUUGAUUGAUUGCCAAAGAUCUUUUAUUGGGAGCCAAAAGCAUUCGACUCUAUCUGGGGAAAAGAGUGAGAGAUGUUUUAUCCCUCCAAGUCAUCCACCAAAAUUUCAAGGACUGGCAGAUGUAGUGUUUCAAGGAGUAAAAAGUGCAGCGACAAAAUAUGUUGGAAACUCACAGUUUGAAAACCAUGAUGUUUUGAACAAACCCAUGGAUGUUGUAAAGAGAAUUGCUAAUGGAGCAAAAGAACUACAGCCUAGAGACAGCAUCCAUGCCUCAAAUGUUUCUUUUGAUGUAAUAGCUGCACAAUCUUUUGAGAACAAAAGGAUUUCUCAAUUUAGUCAAAAUAUGUUUGAGCUUCUUCACAAGGUUGAUCAGUCAAGGGAUGACAAUGAGAUCAUCACACCUGUCGUACCUGCACAAGCUGCUGCUGUUGUCACUGCUUCUCGCCCUCACUUUAGUCAACCUUCUACAUUGCAUGGUUUUGGGUUGCACUUUUCCACACCAUCUCAAAGUGUACCACUUCCAAAUUUUGAGGUGUCCCCUCAGACCAUUAAUUACAGGCAGCCACUUGGCAAGGAGGCAGGAGAUCAAGAUCAAUUGCUGUCAACUCCUACAGUGGGAUCUCUUCCUCAUGAAUCAUAUCAAGUAGAAAAUUGGAUCAAUACAUCCAAUGUAUCUGGACAAGAACACAAGGGAACCUCAGGCUUAGACCAAAAGAAAAUGUUGCCUGUUAUUCCCUCUGAUUUUCCUUAUGUUGGAGAUCAGCUGCAGGGAAAGCAGGAGCAGUGCCCCCCUGGUAUCAAAUAUCUGCUUGAGCAGCAGCAAGAUAAACUUGUAAUGAAUUCUGGUGGUCAUGAAGCAUUAGAUGAAACUAUUAGUAAUUAUCUUGGUAAUCAAGCUAAUGCAAGCAUACUUGUUAGGAAUAGUAUGCUCCUUAGGGAGCCGCCUGUAGCCCAUAAUGGAGAUGCAGCUGAUCAAUCUGUUCAGAUAUCAUUGCCUAUUCUAGCUGGUACAGUUCCACCUUCCUUGGCUGUUCCAACUUCUGAUACUCAUGAAUCUGCUUAUCCACAAGAGAUGACUCAUACAAAGGCAACAGGUGCUGUGUCUUCUCUUGUUAAAAGUUCAGGCCAACAUUCCCCUGUUGUCGAAACAAGAUCUGGUUCACUGUCUAAUAUAUCAGGCAUGUCUCAGCAAGCUGGCUUCUCAAAGAUGUUGCAUCAUGUGUGGGCAAAUUUAUCAGCUCAACAACGUUUAGCUGGUCUCCAGCCUCACAGGGUUGCUUCAAACAUACUUCAAUCAAUAAUAAAUCAUGGCAGGGAUGCAAGUUCGUGGGGUCUGCAAUUGGCAGAUAGUCGAGGAAAUCAGGAAGAAAAUGCUCCCACUGAAGUUGGUUCUAGUUUUAUUAAUUCACAGGACAGAGACCAUCAAACUAUAGGAAAUUCCUUCAAACCCAAACAUGCUGAGAAUGCUGAUGGUGCUCUUUCAGCUACGACACCCCAAGGCCUAGAACCAAUAAGUAGUUUUUUUUGUAGAGAUUCUAAUGUCUCUAUUCCAUCUUUGGUCCAGCAUCAUCAGGAUAUUGACAAGGAAAAAAGUGGAGAAAGUUCAGGUUUUCACCCCCAGGUGGUCCAUUCUCCAGUUACAAAUACUGCUCCUUGUAGAGGUGAUGUUUGUUUCCCUGCACACAUUUCAGUACCUUCAGACUCUCAACAGCAAAAUUACUCGCUACUGCAUCAAAUGCAAGCCAUAAAGGAUGCUGAUUCUGAUUCAGGCAUGACAUUGGGAAAGAGGUUGAAAGGAGCUGGUAUCAGUUCUAAUGCUUCUAACAUGGAGCAAAGUGCAGGUCAGAUAUUUGUUCAUAGGCAAAAUGAACUCUUCAGAGUUCCUGCAGAUGGUAAACAAAGUUCAUUCCCAUCAGAUGUUAAAACAUUAAGCUUUGCUUUAAAGGACAAUAAGAGACAUACACAGAUAUCUUCUGUUGCUGAACAUCAUGAUCUUCAUGACCACAUGCACUCUCCUGAUACAAGCUCCUCAGCUAGUUUAAUUAGUGGAAAUGAACACUAUAGGAGUAGUCCUCAAAUGACUUUGUCUUUGUUUGAAAAGUAUAUGACCUAUAAAAAUGAUAUGGCAAUUGCUAAACAUGAUCGUGACCAUUUUUGUGGAAGCAUGGAAAGCAGUCCUAUAGUUGAGCAAAUAACCGAUAGCAGUAAGUUUGGUAGCAUGAAGCAAAGUACAUUAGCCUCUGCUAUGGCUGCCAAUGAAUCAUCUGCCUUUUCACUGCCUUCCACCGUCAUGGAUCACAGUGUAGGUCUAAGGUCAAAGAAGCGUAAAAGUGCAACUUCAAAGCUCCUUCCAUGGCAUAAGGAGAUAUCACAAGGUUUACGAAGGUUGCAAAGCACCAGCAUCACUGAGUUGGCUUGGGCUCAGGCUGUCAAUCGGUUGAUUGAGAAGGUUGCUGAUGACGCUGAAAGUAUAGAGGAUGGCCCAUCAAAUUUUCAACCACGAAGACGACUAAUCCUGACAACUCAGAUGAUCCAACAACUCUUACCCGCUGUACCACCUGCCAUAAUUAAUGGAGAGGCAACUUUAGCUUAUGAAAGGUCGACCUACUAUGUUGCUAAAUCAACUCUCGCAGAUGCAUGCAACCAAAUCUCUUCAUUUGAAAGAGAUGCUUGUGCAGAUGUAAAUUUGGCAAUAAACAAGGUAAAGUCUUUUGAGUUAAGGGAUCAUAUUUUCUCAAAAAUUGUGGAAGAAUUCAAUGGAAGAUCCAAGAAGCUUGAAAGUGAAUUCUCAAGAUUGUACAAGAAGGGCUCAACAUUGGAUGUGCGACUGGAGUGCCAGGAGUUGGAGAGGUUCUCCAUCGUGAACCGUUUAGUCAAGUUCCACGGCCGAAGCCAGACCAAUGGAGUUGGGGGCUCUUCUGCCUCUGAGGCUGCACCUCGCAGAACAUUACCACAGCGAUAUGUCACUGCACAUUCGAAGCCUGAAAAUUUUCCUGAUGCUGCUCUCUGUAUCUCGCUGUAGAGCAUCAAUUCAUCAAUCAUCCAUUUUUUGCUCUUGCAAUCACAAUCCCUCUCCCCCAGUGUUUGUCAACCCCUGCCCUUCAUAUCUUUGAUGCCAAAGCACACACAGACACAUGAAUACCAGGGUGAAAAGUAAAUUAUCCUCUAAGGAGAUCUGCCUCGUUCCACUCCUUUUAGGGUUAGGUCUUUUGUGUAUAUUGAUGAUGAUUAAAGAAGAUUCGGGUCUCCCAUCAUAUUUUUCAAGAUGGAGAGUUCAUCUUUCUCCAGUGAAGAUGGAUCAUGGUCUCCGGCAGCCUCAUGAUCUCCAGCAGUGAUGAUCAUUAAUUGAUUCCUCUUUUCCAGCGACG